AUGGUGAGUUUUGGACACUGUAAAAGUUAUCUUGAAGUAUGUUGCCUGACAUCGAACAAGUAUACAUCUGACGAUAAAAUAACUUUCAAGUCACGGACUUACAAAGGUUGUGGUCAUCGCAAUCCAAUUGGUAUUGGCUUUCAAAUUACUGGUGCUACGAAUGAUGAAGCCCAGUUUAGUGAAUUCCCUUGGGUUGUUGCUAUUUUGGAGAAGGAAAAGUUUGGUAUCCCACAACAUUGUGAAGGAUCUCUAAUUCAUCCUAGCGUCGUACUUACUGCUGCUCACUGUGUUUAUAACAAAGCAAAAUCACAUUUGAUCGUCCGUGCUGGUGAAUGGGUUACAAAAAUGGAGGUUGAAGUACUUCCUUACCAAGAUCGGCAUGUGUCGGAUUUAGUAGUUCACAAAAGUUACCAACCAGAUACUUUAAUAAAUGAUUUUGCACUAUUGAGACUUUUCCAGCCGGUUGAAAUUACAGACAACGUUAAUAUUGUCUGUUUGCCUCAAUUUGAUACCAAAUUAAAUAUCCAAAACUGCGUUUCUAGUGGCUGGGGUGGAUCUGAUAUUUUAGGCUCAAAAAAACGCCACCAAGAUAUUCUUAAGAUGGUCGAGCUAUCGAUUGUGCCGCAAAACAUUUGUGAAAACCUACUAAGAAACACGUGGCUUGGCAAGGAAUUUCAGCUUCAUGAUAGCUUUAUCUGCGCUGGUAGCAAAGACGACAAAGACACUUGCAAGGGUGAUGGAGGCAGCCCACUAGUGUGCCCAGUAAAAAAUGAUCAACAAAAGUAUUACCAGAUAGGCAUUGUCACUGGUGGUAUUGGAUGUGGUGUCCAUCAAAUUCCUGGUAUUCAUACAGGUGUUUCCUAUGCCAGAUUCUGGAUUCAUAGAAAAAUGACUCAAUGGGGCUUUGACUAUAAUAAAUAUCAGUACAAUCUAUGA